AUGGAAACUGAGAGCGCAGUGGAGAGGUUGAAGUUGCAAUAUGUGAUUACAAAGAUGAGUGUGAUGUAUAGUCCUGUUCUCAAGUACUCAGAGAUGGAGCUUCAGCUAAGGAAAAACCAAGAAAUGGAUUCAGGUAUUGGACAUCCACAACAACACUGUCACCAACCCAAUUCUGGACUAUUGAGGUACUGUUCUGCUCCAAGCUCAUUGUUGGCCAGCCUUAUUGAUAACAACAUUCAUGGCUGUGUCAAUGAGGAAGCUUUCACAAGUGAGACUCAUCAGCAUUAUAUUCCAUCCACAAGUUCAGAAAUGGACACCAUGUUGUCCAAAUUGUUACCAUCCAACAAUGGAUGGAGCGAUUCAGAAGCUUUGCAAGAAUUUGGAGGCAAGCCUGUAAAACAGGAACUAGGGGAAUCUGUUCCACAAGGACCACCACAACAGAAUGAAUACUCUUAUGGUGGCUCUCAAUUAAUUUACCAAUCACAGCAAAUUCAAGGCUUGCCAAAUGGAUCUUCCAGUGCUUCUGGCAAUGCUUUUGGUGGCUCUUUUGGUGUAGUGAACUCCAUGGCCCCAGAGAACCCCAUUCAAUCUAAAAUGGGUGCCAGGAAUUACUCCAAUCUCUUUAGGCAAAAGAGCUCCCCUGCUGGAUUUCUCAAUGAUCUUGCAGCAUUGAGAGAAGUAGGUAGCUUUAAAGCCAAUGAUGUUUCAAAUGGACAGGCUGCUGCAUCAACUAGUGGGUUGAAUAGCUCUCUUACUUUCUCAUCUAGGCCAUCUUCAAGCCUGAAACGGAUGCCACAAAUUGCUGAAAAUGGAAAUGGAAGCCUAGAAGAAAAUUGUGACCAAAGUGGAAACAUAGUUAAUGAAAAUGGUAACUCAAAUUUCUACAUACCUAGCUUCACCAAUGAAUUCUGGGAAAGCUCUUCAUUCAAUGCCCCAAAAACAGAAAGUGAUGAUGAAAUCAUGUUUUCCACUUCCAAUGGUUUGGAAUCUCAGGAAUCAGAUUUUAGCUAUCAAAAUCUUGGUCUGACUCACCAUUUGAGCCUACCUAGUACCUCUUCUACUAAGAUGUCAUCCAUAGAUAAGUUUCUUCAGAUUCAAGGUUCUGUUCCUUGUAAAAUUCGAGCCAAAAGAGGCUUUGCCACUCACCCAAGAAGCAUUGCAGAGAGGGUAAGAAGAACAAGAAUUAGUGAAAGAAUCAAGAAAUUGCAAGACCUUUUCCCAAAGUCAGAAAAGCAAACAAGCACAGCAGAUAUGUUAGAUUUGGCAGUUGAGUACAUUAAGGACCUGCAGCAACAAGUCAAGGUACUCUCAGAUUGUAAGGCAAAGUGCAAAUGUACAAGCACUGAGAAGCAUUGCACCAGAACUUGUGCCUGA